AUGGAAAACCACAGUGCACAUUCGAUAGAUAUAAAAUCAGAAGACUUUGUUGUUUUAAUAGCAUUGCAAAGCUUACAAACAUUUAUAGUAACUGGAUAUGCAGCUAUUGAUAGUAAAAAGUUAAUUUUGGAUUUUAAAUAUUUAUGGACAGUACUUCUUGGAACAAUAUUAUUUAUAUCUUCAUUAAUCAGUUUUGUUAUAAUUAGAGCAUUUGUAUAUUCAAAAAAUAGUAUAGGAAAAUAUAUAUUAGAAUUAUUAUUCUUUUUUAGUAUAAUAAUUACUUGCAUAUUAUCAAUUAUAUUUGAUUCUUUUAAAAUCUCAAAUAUGCAAUUAUUAUUUUUUGCAUUUUCGCUAACUGGAUAUUCUUAUUAUAAUUUAAUAACAUUAUUAUUUUUUAGUGUAUUAUCAGGUAUAUUAAUUCAAUACAAUUUAGCUAUAAGUGGAUAUAUGCUGAAUGCUAAAUAUUUACUUUUCAGUGAUAUAAUUUCAUAUACUUUACAAAUAAUCGGUGGACAUGCAUUAUAUUUUCGUAUGUAUAAAUUAUGUAACCUGAUUGUUAUGUCAAAAAAAAACCCUUGUAAAUAUGUAGUCAUAUCAAAAGAAGUUAAAAAUUUAGAAGAACAAAUAUUUAAAAAAUUAAUCAAAUCAUAUAUUUGUAUUAAUUCAAAAACAUAUUCAGAUAUUUCAAGUGUAAAUAAUAAUACCAACAAUGACCAUAAAUCUAUAAAAGAUGGUUUACUUGAUCUCAAAUUUAAAUCACUAAAUAUCCAUAGAGACCAUAAAUAUAUGAGAAAAUAUAAAUUAUUAAAUAGUACAACUGAAUUCAAUAAAUUCAAUCAUACUGAUAGUUUUUCAAAAUAUUAUAAUACAAAGUAUUCUAAACUAUAUCAUAAUUCUACAUCAAAACUCCCCAAUAUAUUUCCAUUAAAAAAUGAUUCAAAUAUAAAACAAUCAAAUAAUUUACAUAAUUUUUUAUCGAAGAAAAUAAGUAACAAAUCUUUAAAAAAAAAAAAAAUUUCACUCAAAAAAAAAGCUAGUAUAGUAGGUAGCUAUGAUUCUUUAAAUUCUUAUACAAAACAAUCAAAUAAAGAAAAUCACGAAUUGGCAAUUCAAAUUAAGGAAUCUAGUACUGAAGAAAAUUUAUCAAAACAUAAAGAUAAAUCCUCAUUAGAAUCUUUGACAAAUCAUCAUUCAGUUAUUAAUAUACCUGAUAAAAAUAUUCCAUUUGGAGUCCAUUUUCCAAAUUUUGCGAAAAAAAUAGAUAAAGCAUCUGAACAUAGACAACAUGAAUUAAUUGCCUCAAUUGGAAAAACUAUCAAAAGGGAUAUAAAACAAACAAAAAAGAAAUUAAAGCAUGAACAUAUUAAGCAUAAUAAAGGCAAAAAAAAAAGUUCAAGUAAAAAAAUACACAUAGGAAUAAGUUCUGAUAAUUCAUACACCUCUAACUAUGACACACAAAAUGAAUAUGUCAAUACAUAUCCAGCUAAGAAAAAAGACAAUAAAAUUCUUAACAAAAAUAAACCACAUAAUAUAUAUAAUGAAAAAGUGGGGUAUCAAAAUUCGGUUGAAACCAGUACAAAGAUUCCCAUGCAUGAAGAUAAAACAGAAACAUCUAAAAAUAAAAUAAAUCAUAUUCAAAAUUAUAAUUGCAAUAUUUUAUCAUGCAUUUAUUAUGAACAAAACAACACUAUGGAUAACAUUCCCAUUGCGAAUCAAAAUGAAAAUAAUUAUAUUCAUAAAAAUUAUAUAAUAUGUGGUCAACCAAAUUCCACAAAUAAACUAAGUGAUAAUAAUAAUUAUGAUGAUAUAACGGCUACCGAACAUACUAUUGAUAUAUUAAAUGAUGAAAUUCAUGAAAAACCCGAAUUAAUAGGAAGCGAGCAAAACUUAUCAAAAGAUGGUAUAUUCCAUUAUAAAACUAACAGAGGUAGUAUAUUGAGGUACAAAAACAAACAUUAUUUUAAUGAUGAUGAAUCAUAUAAAUUUAAAAAAUCUUUAGACACCAAUAAUGAUACCAAUUCAUAUAUAUACCGAUCAAUUAGUUGCAACAUAAACAAUUGUAACAAUAAUAAUAAUAAUAAAAUUAUAAAAUUCACACAACCAUAUUGUAACAAAAACAACGAGCUAAAUUAUAUCAAUAAUCAUGGGUUUAAUUAUAAAUAUGAUAAACAUAAAGCAUUAAAACAACAUCAAAUUAUGGAUAAAAUAAUAGAACUUGAUAUAUACAAUACUGAAGAUUAUGAAAAAACAUAUAAUAAAAAUGGAAUAUAUUCUAUUGCAAAAAAAAAAAAAAAAAAAAUUUCAGCAAAAAACGGAAAAACAUAUACUACAAUAUUUCUUGAAAAUACAAAAAUUAAUUUACUAUUUAUAUAUAUUCCUAGAUUUUUUAAAACAAUUUUAGAUGCAUCAAAAAAAACCUUUCUCAAUUUAAAAAAAAAAAAAAUAUUAAUGCAAAAUGCUAUAUGGAAAAAUAAAGUAUUUAUACCUGAAUCAAAUGCAGUCGGUAUAUUCAAAAAUCCAAACAUAGAACAAUGGUAUUUAUCAUGGAUGGAUGAAUUUAACAAAAAUAUUAUUAUCAGAACAUGUUUUAUGAAUAUAUAUUUAAUUAUAUAUAUUAUGUUAUUAGAUUUUAUUACAGCAUAUAAAUUAUAUAAUUCUAAUAUUAUACUUAACCCUUUAAAAAAAUAUAAUUUUUUAAAAUACUACAUCCCAAGAUCAAUUAUCAAUAUUUUCAUAUAUAUUUUUUACAUACUUUUUAUCUCUAAAAUGAAGAAAAGACAAUAUUGUAAUAUUAAAAAAUAUUAUAAUUCGACAUUACUAUUAUGUCUAGCUAAAUUUAUUAUAACUUCUUUUGAUAUAUAUAUAGCUCUUACCUCUUUAAAAUAUUUUACAUCACCAUAUUAUAUAUAUAUGUAUAUACAUAUGCUAACUAUCCAAACUACUAUAUUGUUAAUAGUUAGAUAUCCUACACAAUAUUUUCUAUUCUUUAUAUAUAUUAUUAUGUUUAUCUCUUUAUAUUGCUCUUUUGCAAUUAUCAAAUCUUUUAUGGAAUUUAGCUUUAUUAUCACAUGUAUAUCAUUUAAUAUAAUAUAUUCAUAUAUAUUAUGCUCAAGAACAAUUGAAACAAACCGAAGGAUAUUAUUCUCAAAAUACGAAUUGCCAUAUAUAUUAUACCUGAAGGAAAUUGUGCAUUGUUUAAGUACUACCCCUAGUUGGCAAUGUAACUAG